AUGGCGACCACCACCAACAAAUCACCGACAUUCCGAGUUAUUCAGGGCCUUACUCAUGACGAGAAGCUUCUCCAAAGUGGUCGAUAUUCGGAUGUCGACGUCAAAUGCGGCACGAUGACUUGGAAGGCUCACCGGUUCAUCUUGUCUUCCCGCUGCGCGUGGUUCGACAAGGCCUUAAAUGGCAGGUUCAAGGAAGCCGCGAUUGGUGUAGUUGUGAUCGAGAACUUCGAGUCUACUCAAAUCGACGCGUUGAUCAAGUACCUAUACUCCGGUGAAUACGAUAAGUGGGAAUUCCUCAAACCGCUGAGCCUGACCGACAAAGCAGAGCUCGCCGAGUCUUUCUCGCGCGAGUAUUUUGAGGCAGUCAUGAUGGUCUACAGACGCGAGUCGCUACUUCUUGUAAAGCCGAUCUGUGAUCUCCUUGUCUCUUCCUUCGCGAAAGUGGAGUUGUAUAUGUUGAGCAGCCAGACCAAUGGAAUAAGGAGAUUGGGAGAUGUACCUCAAUUUGCUGUCGAUGUAUUGUUGUCCAACCGCGGUGGGAUGGGCAUCGACUUCUCAGAACUCGAACUUCCACAGGACUGUAAGCAUUGUGGAUUCAACCCCUUCAGCAACAUUUUUGGUGGCUGCUUCGAAAAGGUGCGUCUCGUAAAGGUCGAUGGAACAUCAACAUUCAAGCUGGGUGCUUAUUGUCUAACGUGCGCGGCAAAAGUGAAGUAA